AUAGGAAUCCAUGGCAAGAUGGAAUCACACACUGCAAAUUACCCACCAAAGCCACAUAAAUUUACCCCCUUCUCUCUCUCUUCUUGUCUGUACAUCAUCAUCCAUAUCCGUUCCUCACACAUACGGAUACUCGGAGACAAGAGUUUUUCGGGAAAAUCUAUUUCUUCUUCUUCGUCUUCUUCACCGCCAACAGCCACUGCCGUCUUCUCAUUUGUCGACGAAAUGCCCGAACAAGAGGACGAUAAGUCAAAGGAAAAUCAGACUGUUGGAGGAGACAAGGGAGAGACGCUCAUGGACUUGGAUCUUGAUCUCGACACUUCCUGGCCUUUGGAUCAGAUCUCCUAUCUUUCCAAUCCUUUGUCUCCUCUUCUGCUUUCCUCCUCUGACCAGCCGUGCUCUCCUCUGUGGGCUUUUUCUGACGCGGACGAUGACAGGCUUCUUCCUGUUUCUUCCGCUUCUCACGCUACCACUCCCCCUCUUCGCUUCUCUGAUUAUCCUAUUUUUCUCGCAUGUGCCCCCAAUUCAGUUGCUGAAAACCAUACAGAAAAUGAUGAUAAAAGGAAAUUUCCUUCUCCUCUUCUGGGAUUAAUGCCUUUUGACAACCCAGAUGGAUAUUGUGUAAUCAAAGAGAGGAUGACUCUGGCGCUUCGAAAGUUCAAAGAAUCAACUGAACAACAUGUUCUGGCUCAGGUUUGGGCACCUACGAAGAAUGGGGGUCGGUAUGUACUGACAACUUCAGGGCAACCCUUUGUAAUUGAUCCUCAUAGCAACGGACUUCAUCAGUAUAGGAUGGUCUCUUUGAUGUAUAUGUUCUCUGUGGAUGGAGAUUGUGAAGGUGAACUUGGCCUUCCUGGUCGUGUUUUCCGGCAAAAAUUGCCCGAAUGGACACCUAAUGUCCAGUAUUACUCAAGCAAGGAGUAUUCCCGGCGUGAUCAUGCUUUACAUUACAAUGUUCAGGGAACCUUGGCGUUGCCAGUAUUUGAACCAUUUGGGCAGUCCUGUGUUGGAGUGCUUGAGCUCAUAAUGACUUCGCAGAAGAUUAACUAUGGACCUGAAGUUAAUAAAGUUUGCAAGGCACUUGAGGCAGUAAAUUUAAGAAGUUCAGAAAUAUUGGAUCACCCGAGUACCCAGAUUUGCAAUGAAGGUCGUAGAAAUGCAUUGGCUGAAAUAUUGGAAAUAUUGACAGUGGUUUGUGAAACUCACAAAUUAGCUUUGGCUCAGACUUGGGUUCCGUGCAUGCAUCGAAGUGUUCUAGCCUUCGAUGGUGGUUUAAAGAAGAGUUGCACUAGCUUUGAUGGCAGUUGCAAUGGCCAGGUCUGCAUGUCCACGACUGACGUGGCAUUCUAUGUUGUGGAUCCUCACAUGUGGGGUUUUCGGGAGGCAUGUCUUGAGCAUCACUUACAGAAGGGUCAAGGUGUUGCAGGGAGGGCGUUUUUGUCUCACAAUGCAUGCUUCUGCCCAGACAUUACCCAAUUCUGCAAGACUGAGUACCCCUUAGUUCACUAUGCACGCAUGUUUGGAUUGAGUGGCUCUUUUGCAAUCUGCUUGCGCAGCAGUUAUACUGGAAAUGAUAAUUAUGUUCUUGAAUUUUUUUGGCCCCUUAGCAUCUCAGACAAUUAUGAACAGAAUGCUUUGCUAGGCUCCCUAGUAGCAACAAUGAAGCAGCAUUUUCAGAGUCUUAAGGUUGCUUCUGGAAUGGACCUUGAAGAAGAGGAAGGAUUUGUUGAGAUCAUUCAAACUUCUAUGAGUGGGAGACUUGAUUUGAGGCUUGAAUGCAUUCGAAUACCCCAGUCUCCAAAGUCUCCCCCAAAUCUUAACACAUCACCAAAGGAAGGAAAGACAGCUCAGCUUGAUCCAUUAAAGCAUCACUUGAUGGUGAAUUUGGAUGCUGUAGAUAAUGGAGGCAACAUCAGUCAAGCAGAGGGAAGCCAUUUUCCUACUUCUCUUCCAGAGAAUAAAGGGAACAAAAAGCCAUCUGAGAGGAAACGUGGAAAAACUGAGAAGUCAAUUAGUUUAGAGGUUCUGCAACAAUAUUUUGCUGGGAGUCUUAAAGAUGCUGCAAAGAGUCUCGGUGUUUGCCCUACUACAAUGAAGCGGAUCUGCAGGCAACAUGGGAUAUCCCGUUGGCCGUCUCGCAAAAUAAACAAGGUUAACCGAUCUCUCUCCAAGUUAAAGCGAGUGAUUGAAUCUGUCCAAGGUGCUGAAGGAGCAUUUGAUUUAACUCCCCUUACAAGUCCACUUCCUGUUACUGUUGGUUCUAUUUCUUGGCCUUCCAAUCUGAAUGGAUGCAAUCAACAAAACUCAUUGAACUCAAAGUCCCUUGAACCUAUUGAUGAAAAGAAUGGAUCCCCAAUCUGCAAUGCAGCAGGAAAUGAUGGACAGGGUGGAGGUGAAGCUCAAUUGCUUGGAGGUAGAAUAUUAAGUCGUGAGGAAGCAGUCCUGCAAAAUGGCUUUUCGCCAAAAAUAGGACUAGUCUCAGACAGAUUCAAAGCAGGAAAUGCCUCUGGGGAAGAGAGUACUGGGACUCCAACCUCUCAUGGUUCAUGCCAAGGAAGCCCAGCAAAUGACAGUGCACCUGCAAAUGAUUCACCUGUUUCUCCUGUCCAUGAAAAAUGCAAGAAUGCAGGUAAUACUCCUGAAUUGGCAUUUCAAACAAAAGGAAAAUUGAAUCUGUCAGCGGCAUACUCAGUACCUGACGCGCUAGUUGCAACAGAAGCUCAGGCACCAUUAGGAGAGAUGCUAAUCAAGGAUGCUGGAAGUUCAAAAGAUCUUAGAAAUCUUUGUCCUUCGGUAGCAGACACAAUUUUAGAAGAGCGGGUUCCAGAAUCUAGUUGGACAAAUUAUCCGGGUCCAGAUUUCCCUACCACAGAAGCCGUGGCUGCUCUAGAACAUGCAAUGACACAGGGAACAACUAGGCAAGAAAUGAUGACUAUAACAAUAAAGGCAGCAUAUAGAGAAGAUAUAAUAAGGUUCCGUAUUUCUCUUAGUUCUGGGAUUGUGGAGUUGAAGGAAGAAGUGGCCAAGAGGCUGAAGUUGGAGGUGGGUACUUUUGAUAUAAAGUACCUGGAUGAUGAUCAUGAGUGGGUUUUGAUAGCCUGCGAUGCAGACUUGCAGGAGUGUAUUGAUAUUUCAAGAUCAUCAGGCAGCAGUAUAAUCAGAUUGUCAGUUCAUGAUGUGAAUACCAAUCUUGGAAGCUCCUGUGAGAGCAAUGGAGAGUUAUGACUAGGUUGUAUAUAUGGGAGGUUUAGAGCACCACUUUUAGAGUCAUAGGAUCCAGGGAAAUGGAGAUAGAUUUUGGUUAAAAAGAAUUUGCUUGAAUUGUAAAAAUUUUUUCCAUGGAAUUGUAGAAAUCCCCUCGUCUCUAUAUUGUCAGAGUGACUGGUUGAUUCCUUUCUAGUCGACAUGUACGAAGUUUUCACCAUACACUAGCAUGAGACUCGAAAGCGUCUGAUCUUUGUGCCGAGAUUUAGAAGCUACUCUGGAAGGCAAUUGCAAAUGUUCGCCCUACCCUCGUUGGUAAUGAAUCACUGCUUUAUGCUUUGUUUGGA